GCCUGGCGAGUAGUCUGAAACGAUGGAAGUGGGCGAGUAGCUCUACGGGUGUGCGAUUGAUGGCCACAGUCGCACUGCGGUGUAAUGCUUCAUAGUCAGCGAUGGAGACGAUAGCCCCGAGACACGGUGCUUCCCCGAAAGAGCCAGCGCUGUCCAGUGCAUCACACCUGUAUAUUUUUUUAACUGUUCACCGCCUCCCCCCGCCCACCCGAAAGGUGAUAUCACUGCGGGUCACAGCGGCCGUUCGCGCAGUGCAGGUGCGGAGGUUCAGUCGUGAAGUGCAACUGGCUGGAGAUGGCAUCACACCCAGCGUUCACGAUGAAGACAUCAUGCGUUGGCAUCGUCUGCACGAUUCUUCUUCUGCCACGGGCGGCGGUCUCUUCUGCUCUGAUCCCUGGCGCCUACACUAACGGCUCCCGGGAUGCGGAGGGCCAGUGCGUGUGUCACGUCUAUCUGCCGGACCCCGUCUUCCCGGCCGACGCGGUGGAGCAGCUGCAGCUCCGUACUCAGACGCUCGCAACGGCCGUCACGCUCGAGUCACAGAAGGUGGCAGAGAACCACGCCAUGCUGGUGCGCUACACGGCACAACUUCGGAACCUGACGGUGCGCGUGGAGCGAAUGGAGCAGGGCCAUGACCGCUACACAGAGCUGGACUUUGAGCUGCUGCGGGUGGAGAUCAGGGAGAUGGAGCAGCUGGUGCAGCAGCUGAAGCUGGAAGUCUCCAGCGCCACGCUCGAUCAUCUCCACCUCUCGAUCCAGAACGUCAGCGUGGUGGUGAACACACUGGAGGCCUACGACAGGAACAACGUGCUGCUCAUCCGGCGCCAGGUGGACACUCUGCGCAAGCGCCUGGAGAACUGUCAGGAAGAGACCAACGCUACAAUGCGGCUACCCAGCAUGACGCCAUCCCGGCCCCCCAGCAAUAACCUAACGCAGCCCCGCAGAAACAAGCCAAUCCAGCACCCCAGCAACGUGGCAGGCCAGCCUUCCAUUGGAGCGUGCAGGCAUGGUGGUUUGCAGAAUGCCAGUGCAUCACAUAUUCACGGGCUGAACUGGCAAGGUGUAGGGGCCAUAUACGGAGCUUUUGGGAAGGAUCCACUCCCAGCCAGGGGACGUGAAGACAUGUACUGGGUGAUGUCCAGCAGCGCAAAUUCUUUUACUUCAUUUCAGCUAUAUGCCAACUACCGGGCAAUGCAGACCUUCGUGAAAAUGGAACAAAGACAAAUGCAAUGUAACUACGAUUGUGGCCAUGGUAUGGACGUAGUGGUAUACAAAAACAAUUUAUUUUACAGAUGCAGUACAGGUAACGUGAUGUGUAAAUACAGUCUCUCAACAUUUUCCAUUAAACGGGCACAACUACCUCAAGCUGCAGGAAACAACAAAUUCCCUUACCUGGGCUCGGCCUACUCGGAUAUGGAUUUCUGCGUGGAUGAGCAAGGUCUGUGGGUCAUUUACUCAAACGAUAGCAAAGUUUCACUUGCUAACAUUAACGAUGAUUCUUUGCAAGUUAUCAACACGUGGACCACUUCACAGUACAAACCAUCAGUCAGCAAUGGCUUCAUGGUAUGUGGAGUCCUGUACCUCACUCGCACGUUUAGCCUUGAGGCUGAAGAGAUCUACUUUGCAUUUGACACCAACACUAACCAGGAGAGGUCUUUGAGCAUCGUAAUUGAUAAGCCCUUGGAAAAGAUGAGCAGCCUUAGCUAUAACCCAGCCGAUCAUAAGCUGUACAUGUAUAAUCAAGGAUAUUUAGUCACCCAUAAAUUGUCAUUUAAACACGUAUAAUUUUCGUUAAAUGCUAAAUGGGUUAGUAGUGAAGAUUAAAAUAGAGAUUUAGUCAUAAGGUAGCAUCGUGUACUUUCACACAUGCUGUCGACAUGAGUUCUCUCCGCCUCUUUUGUUAAUGAAAUGAGUUUUGCUUUAUUCUCCGAGUGUAAUCUUUGGACUAUCUGUUGCUGAUGAUUUUAUAUAUCUAGCAUUGCUUAAUUAAUCUCAAUAUACUUUUUCAUGAGGGUCUUGAAUUUGCAUGUUUGGCCAAUUGCAUUAUUGAUUUGCAUGCUUGAGAAAACCAGAGAAAAUGGACACAUGACGGGAUAUUACUUAAAGAUUUGCACAGAUAGGUUCACGGACACCUUAUAGCCCUCUGAGAGUGAGAGUUUAAUAAAUCUGUGUCCUAAUGCUUGCCUCCUAAGUGAUGCAUUAAAGUAGUCAACUUCCACUCCACGAUAGCAAUAAAACCACGAGGCCCUUUUCCAGUUCGCCUUUCAUCCCGCUAAACUUGUGCAUAUAAGUAAAAUAGCCGCACUAGGAGAACUGGCAAAACAUUAACGCCAGCAUCAGUUGCGCACAAGUGCAGCGUCUGGAAAAGGUGGUGCAACUUCUAUUGCGUUGGAACAGGAAAUAAUGAAUCCACAACAUUAUUAAUGAUACAUUGUGAAAUCUUCUGCCCCAUACCAUAUGUGGAGUAAUUGGGCAUAGAUUUGCUCAAACAAGGUUUUUGGGGUGCGUUCUUGCCAAAAUAAAGAUUACUGGAACGGGAAUCAUCAGAAACAAUACCGAUCUUGAAUCAUCCAAAACUCUUAUCAAUGCUUGACCAUAACUCGAUCACUGCUCAAUCAAAGAUUAAUCACAUAGACAUGUAUUCCAAAUGUCAUAGCUUGAUCAGUGCUUGAUCACAGACACAAUAUUAAAAAUUUAAUAUCUUGGUCACGGCUUGAUCACAUAGACACAUGUAUUAAAAAUGUCAUAGUUCGAUCACUGCUAUAGACACAUUGAAGAUGCCAUGGCUUAAUCACUGCUAAAUCAUAUAGACACAUUCAAAAUCAUAGCUCGAUCACUGCUUGAUCACAUAGACACACAUUCAAAAUGUAAUUGCUUGAUCGGUGCUCUAUCGAUGCUCAAUCAAUUCUUGAUCAAUCAGUGCUCAAUUAGUGCUCGAUCAGUGUUUGAUCAAUUUUCAAUCAGUGCUUGAUCGAUCAUUGCUUGAUCGAUGCUUGAUCGGCGCUCAAUCAAUCAUAUUGAUGAACAUACUCAACAUAUCAUAGAUUGAUCUGUGUUCGAUCGAAGCUUGACCAGUGUUCGAUCAGUGCUCAAUCAAGCUCGAUCAGUGCUCGAUAAAAGCUCGAUUGGUGCUCGAUCACAUCGACCAGCAUACUUAAAAUGCCAAAGCUCGAUUGGUGCUCAGUGCUCUAACGAUUCUCUAUUGAAGCUCAUUUGGCCAAUUUUGGCAUGCAACAUGCUCGGACCAAUGCAUGCACACAUACACUAACUCAUGUAAUGCGACGUGAAUAAUAAAAAGAAAAAACACA